AUGAACAGGCCGCACUCCCGUGCACGGCCGCCCAGAAGUCAUCGCAUUCCGAUGAACGCUCGCGAAGCCGCUAGAACUCGAAUGGCAUGCACUGCUUGUCGAGAGCGCAAGAUCAAGUACUCCGGGGAGCAGCCAUGCCGAUACUGUACAAGGCGAAAUCUGGAAUACGUGGUCCCCGAGAACAGCAAGCGCAAGCUCUACUCUAUGGCAUACGUCCAAGAGCUAGAAAGAAGGGCACUAUCCCAAGAACACGCCCAAGGCAGGCAAGAGAAUAGACGGGGCUCACCUGUCGUAUCCUGCCAAGCCGUGGAAGAGGGGUCGGCCUCCCGUGCUGCGGAAGCGAACACCCUGCUCCAUGGAGACAAUACUGAGAUGAAUACAGCUGGCGGGCCUGUGUCCAGAGAGCACUUCCCUAUCGAAACCGGCUUGGUAAUGUCUUCUAGUUUAGCCUUUAGCUCCUAUAUCAAGGCCAUCUCUGUCGCCCCGUCGAUGGAGAGCAGGGAUACGGGAAGAUCUUCCAAAACAUCCGAAAACGCGUAUGAGCUGCCACUGCCACGCGGGGGCCGAGUCAGCGCCUCUUCCAUCAAGGACUGGCCAACAGAGGAACAGGCUCGCGCGCUGGUGAGAUCCAUCGCCGAUUCAAUCAGCCAGAUACAGCAUUUAUUUGACCCCAGGUCAUUUUCAGAUAGGCUUUCUACCAUAUAUGACCGUCGUAACACCAUGGUCUGGGAAAAUGGCGCGUCAACUGCUGAGAUCCUGAUGGUAUUUACUGUCGGGAAGUUACUAUAA